AUGAGCCCUAUCUAUACGACACAGGGUAGCACUUCUGUCAAGCGUUCUCACGAUGAACUGCUCACCCUCGAUUUAUCUUUUGGACAUCCACCAGGCAAGCAUUUGAUGGCUGGCAAAUUUGAUAUCUCUGAAGCUUUGUACAAAAUGCAAAGUUCAAUCAAACAGUGUAAGUGGAAAGUCUCCCUCGAAGAACAUGUGCAUGUGGUACUGGCCGCGACGUCAAUUUUACUACUGACACCGAACAAAUAUCUGGACAAAAUCAAACACUUCUUCGAUCUCAAAGAUUGGAACACUGCCAUUAGCUCGGUCAAAAUGAUGUAUGACAUCCAGCCACCACCGACGCCCUUGAACAUGGAAGGCAAUGCAUUCAAGUUUGUUAAAGGAUUGAGCGUGCUGAUCAUGAAGUUACCGAGGUUUCCCAUAGUGGAGGACAUCAACGAGACAGAGCUGUGUACGCGCUUUGUAGACCCACUCUUAAUGGGCCUAUUUGACGAUCCAGACAACGGCGUGUACCUCCGACGGACUAAUGAAACCACCAUGGAGGCAAAGCAAAAUAAUAGCUGCAUUGACCAUUGUCCAGACCUAUGUAUCACAAAGUCAUGCGGUGAAAAAUGGGGCGCCGACUGUGGAUAUGGCGAAGCGAAACCCGCUGCGCGAGAUAACGAUCAUUUUUUGGUGUGCAUGGACUUGCUCAGAGUGGCCCUCCUAUCGAAAGAGUCCCUCGAUAAACAGUGCUUGGAUGGCGUCCUGGGGGUUCAAAUCGUGGGCCGUACUCUGACAUUUUACGUUCUGCUGCUGCCUGCAGAAGAAGUCUACACCCUGCUACAACUGGCCGAAGUUAAGAUUCCGGAUAGCCUGCAAAGUCUCUCACAUUUGAUCAUGGACAUAUCGACAAUCUUGUGUCUCAUGGACGUCUUCGAUCGCCUGUGUGUACCGACCGAUGAAUGA